UGAUCUCAGGGAGGUCGCCACUGUCAGAAAGAAGAGGGGCGCAGUCAAAAGCUCCUCUCGUGGGAAACAACCCCGGCCAGAUGGAGACGGAAGGGCUGCUUGAAUAAGUGGCCCCCGAAAGCCACCGCCGUGCUCUGCCUUGGAGGAAGCUCGGCAGGGCUCCGGACAGCGGAUGCGAAGCUGGACCGCGAGCUGGCCAUGCCCUCGGCGCGCUGACCUGCCAGUGCUAACGGUGGGCUGCGGGGUCAACACGGAUGCCUGUGGAGACUCAGCCAUGAAAGGUGACCUGCUCCUGCUGUCGAGCGUGGUUCUCCUGCUGCGGGUGGUGUGGGGCUGCCCGGAGAAGUGCCAGUGUCACCCCGCCUCGGGUUCUGUGGACUGCGGCCAGCGGGGUCUGGCUGAGAUCCCUCCCGACCUGCCACCUCAGACACGAACACUGUAUUUGCAAGACAACCAGAUACACCAGCUCCCGGCUUCUGCAUUUAGGUCAGUGCCACAGCUCACAACCUUGAACCUGGGCAACAAUUCCCUUUCAACCCUGGCCCCCGGAGCUUUCCAUGGACUGCAGCACUUGCAGGUCUUAAACCUAACCCAGAACUCCCUGCGUUCCGUGGAAAGCAGACUGUUCCGUUCCCUCCCACGGCUGCGGGAGCUCGAUGUGUCCGCCAACAACAUCGGCCACCUUGCCGCCUCCCUGGGCGAGUGCUGCAGGAACCUAACCGUGCUUGCGGUCCAGCAAAACCGGCUUCAGCAGCUGGACCGCGCGCUCCUAGAAUCCAUGCCCAGCGUGAAGUUCUUGUUUCUCAAGAACAACCUCUGGAAAUGCAAUUGCCACUUGGUCGGUCUCAAACUCUGGCUGGAGAAAUUUAUCUACAAAGGGGGAGUAAUGGACAGUGUCAUCUGUGUGUCACCGGACACUUGGAAGGGAAAGGACCUCCUUAAAAUCCCUCAUGAGCUGUACCAGCCCUGCCCUUCUCCCUCUCCAGACCUGGAGUCCUCCCAGGUGCCGCUGGGCUCUGCCCCCUGGGCUGUCCCGAGGUCUCCUGAGAGCCACAGUGCAGGGGAGCAAGAACACUCGGAGUGUGAGCUCAAACCCAAGCCCAGGCCGGCCAAUCUGCGUCACGCCUUGGUCACUGUCAUCAUCGGCGGGGUUGCAUGUGGGAUCCUGUGUCUCCUGAUGUUGGUGGCCACCAUCUAUGGCUGCACCUAUGCAGCCAUCACAGCCCGAUACCAUGGGGCACCCUUGGCUCAGACCACCGAGCCCAAGAAGACAGAAGGAAAAGAGCUAUUGGACAGCUCGCCAGCUUGAGGGCCUUCACCUCGAAUAGGAAUAAUCACUUCUGGUCAGAGACCGUGUCUGAGGAGGGCUGUUGUGUCUGUUCACUGUUACUGCCUCACUUUGCUUUUUCCAAAAGAAAAGGGUGAAAAAGGGUGCGUCCGUAAAAAAAUAUUCCUGGGAAGACGUUUCUGUUGCGAUUUAAAAAAUACUGUAGAUGAAAUAGAGAUGAUACUUGCGUUCUGUGCCCGAGAAGUUAUUCGGAUGAUUCUAUGUGGGAGAAGGCCACGCACAGAGAAGGGGAGACGCCAUCUCGUUAAGGUUCUCUUUCCUGCAUAAGCUGCUCUUCCAGACAUUCAAACACGUGUGCCAGUCAGCAUUCCUGGGAGCUUUCUGAGCCUGGAAGGCUGCCCAGUGGUGAGUGCCUGGGAAGAAGCUGGCGAUCUUACCCAAGGGGCACCGAAUGCCUCUAUAAUUCAAGUUCAUGCUAGAUUGGUGAUACUUUUAGAUGUUGUGUAUGUUACAUAUUUAAUGGGAGUGUCUGUUGGUUGGGAAUUUCGUAGUAUGCCACAAGAGUCAGAUUAAAUUUAAUUUUCUAAAUCAGAAAACCAUUUGGGGCUUUUCUAGGC